AAAAAAAAAAAAAACACAAAAAUUUAUAAAAGAGGAGGUGGUUGCCGUUUUUUUUGAGGGAGGCGUAAGUCGAUAAUUAUCGUUAUCCGAUCACGUUCCAAUGAAACAAGUGGCUAUUAUCGGUGGCUCGUACGCGGGCUUAUCGGCAUUAAAGGUUUUGAUCACAAGGUUAGCACCAAGCACUACUCAGGCAAACCCCGUCACGGUUACCCUUCUUGAGCCAAAAACUGGGAUGAUCAACAUCUUGGGCUUGCCCAGGUCUAUCUGCGAUAACGCCUUUGCCAGUAAGAUUUACUCGCCGAUCAACCAGUUCAAUAUCCCCUUUGACAGCAUUCAGGUCGAGAAGACCAACGGCAGCUUGCAUGAUGCAGCUCUUACUCCUAGUGAUUCAGGACUCGUUACCUCCAUGAAAAAGUUCUUGUUUGUCAACUACAUCCAGACCAGAUGCUUCAAGUUAACCAACAAAGAAGCCCAUUACAUUGACCCGCUCACUCAAGAGCCUGCUUAUUUGAAGUUCGACCAUUGUGUCUUAGCCUCUGGGAGAGCUAGACCUGGCGUGCCGUUUGACCCUAUCUCCAAGGGCCACCACAUUUUCAACAAGGAAGACUUCCUUCGGCAACAGAAAAAGCAACAAGACACUAUUGAAAAGGUCAAGGCCAUUACUGUUAUUGGUGGAGGCGCCUUUGGAAUUGAAACCGCCGGGGAAUUACAGCAGCAGUACGGUUCCACCAAGAAAAUCAGAUUGAUCCAUCCGUACGAAAAGUUGUUGCCUGAACCAACCAUCAAAAGUGAGGAGUUCAGAGACGCGAUUCUCGAGCAGUUGGAGGCUGUGGGGUGCGAGGUGCUUUUGGAGCUGAGAGUUCUCCGGGAGUUGGACGGCGGUAAUUUACAGAUUAUAGACAAAGAGGGCGAGAGGGAAGUCACCAGUGAGUUGAAUUACUGGUGCCAUUCGUAUGCCAAUAACUUGGAGCCAUUGAGUAACAAUGUCGAGUUGUUUGGCGACUGUUUAACCGGGGAUAAUACCACUGAAAGAAAGAGAAGAUGUGUGAAUGUUAACGAGUAUUUUCAAAUCGCAUCCCUCAAUGACCCAGAAAAGGUGUGGGAAAAUAUCUACGCUGUGGGGGAUCUCGUUGCGUUGCCGAUUUUGAAGACAGCCGGUUCCGCAUUUUACAUUGGAAAAAACGUUGGAGAAAACAUUGCCACGAGAAUAUUAGAUGCGGAGGAGCGGUUAACGAGACUUGCGAUUGAAACAUGGCCCGUUAAAAUGGUUAUUGUUGUUGGCUCGAACGUGGCGGUGACGUUGUACGAUGAUGUUGUUACUUUGAACGAUAAGGGGACUUUGUCUGCGUACGCUGAUUACAGAACUGACAACGUUGCGGAAAUUUAUGACAUCAAGUUUGGGACCACACACUCAGACGCACAUAUAUAGAUACAUAAAGCUGAAUGUAAUAUCGAUCGCAAAGCGGUACAUCACAAUGUUUCUGACGUGUGGGGGGCAUGCACACAAGCGGAUAAUUUAGCUUCGGUGAUAUGUAAGGGUCCGAUUAUCGACCAUUAUCGACUCGCCUAUUUACACUUACAGGGAGCAAAUCAGGCUUUAAGAAAACAACCAACAGCUUUAUAUGAAUAGUUUUUCCAUUCUUCGGCUGAGAACGUGAUAUUAUCAACGAAAUGUAUCGAUA